GUAAUCUAAAGUUGUCUUAACAAUUUCAUGAUGUAUAUAUAUAUAUAUAUGCAUACUGCAUCUAAAUAGUUCAUAUGAAUGAAUAGAUGCUAAAACAUACAUAUACCAAUGUAUAAAGUAGUAUGGAGACAAUUAUCAGAGUUAAUCUGUAUGAUCGAGAUUGAAACUAAUGGACAAGCUAAAAUUUUAUCAUGGGAUAACAAUAGUAAUGAUUCAAAUCAGUCAGAUGAAAUACAAUUUCGCGUGAAAAUCUCUCCUAAUGAAGGAUUAUACGCUCAUGCUGAAUAUGAAUUUGAGAUCAUAAUUCGUUUGGAACAUUAUGGAGAAACUCCAGUUGUUCGUUGCAUGAGUCAUAUAUAUCAUCCAAAUAUUGAAGAUUAUGAUAUUGGUGGAGCUGUUUGCCUUAAUUUACUUCAAAACUGGAAUAUUGGAAUGGGCCUUAAAGCUAUCAUUAAUGGUUUACUGUUUCUAUUCUAUGAACCUAAUGAACAAGAUCCAAUUAAUGAGCACUUUAUUAUUCCAUCUGGAUCUAGUUUUCAACAAGCAGUUAUCGAAUCUUUACAAGGAGGCAGUUAUUCACAUUAUUCAGGACUACCAAAUAAAGCUUGGUGUAUUUGGUAUAAUAAAAAUAAGAUAAUGGAACAAAAGGAUUCAAAUGAAAUUAUUGCGAAAAAUAAUAAACCAGAAAAACAUUUAAAAUCUAACUAUAGUAAAUAUCUUGGAUUUAAUGUACAUGAUGAAGUUAUUGAUCAGCAUCUACAUGAAGAAACUGAUGAACAAUAUGACUGUGAAUAUCCUAGAGAUCAAAAUAAUAGUCCAUCGAUCUCAUCAGAGAAACAAAAUAUCGAACUAAACGGUCACAACAAUGAAAUAGACUUAGUCAUGUCAUCUCCAUUUAUCUCUUCCAAUUUAUCAUCAGUAUCGACAUUACAGGAAGAAAGUCAAACAGUACAAUCAUACUUAAAUAUAAACGAAGAGCUAAGGACAAUGAAAAAAAUCGAAAACAACAAUUUAAAUGUUCUUAACUAUGUUCAUCAUUCGUCUACAAUAAAUUUGAAAGAAAUUACAAUCAUAUGGACAAAUAUAAAUAAACCAAUGAACGUAACUUAUUAUUUUAUGGAAACAUGUAAUUAUGCAUGGAAUAGUCACUGUGAACAGAAAUACUAUGGUCAUUUAAAUAUUGGAUUACCUGACAUUUUUAUUACACAUUUAAACCAAAAAUCUAUUUCACAACAAGUCAGUUUUAUGAAUGAAUAUUCGAUAAAAACACAAAAUAACAUCAAUGAAAAAUUUGGACAUUUCAGUAACUGUAAUGAUUCAACUAUUUCACUAAUGGAUCAAAGAAUGACGAAUGUGCAGACAAUGUAUUUACAUGAUUGUAAUCCAAUGAAAUGGAUGUUUUAUACAACAAGAUGGCCUUCUUUUCUUGUUCCAGGUAGAAUGUUAACUGAAAAUUUCUUAAAACCUGAUUGGGCAUUACCAUUUCGUCGUGCUUCAACUAAACAACUGUUUGACGAUAUAAAUCGUUAUAUACUGAGUGUUAAAUGGGCUCAUUCAAGUCAAAUAUUUAUCAUUGACCCCUUGGCCUUAUCACCAUUUUCGCCGAUAGCUCUUCGUAUUAUCUAUGAUCAUAACGAACCUCAAAAUGAGAAAUGGAUAUACGUCUCUGAAUGGUUAUCACCUUGGCAUUCAAGUACAAUUUUUACAACCGAACAACGAGGCAGAUUUCCCGGAAUUUCAAUCUUCUGUUGGUUAGCUUUUAUUUCAAAUUGGAUUAGUUAUUUAUCUCGAUAUGAAUUAUAUCACACCUGUCUUGGUUAUUCACGCCCUGAAACAACAAUCUUUUCUAAAGCGUGCAGAUUAACAGAGCCAUUUGGUUCAUGUUAUACUUUUUCUCAUUCUCUAACAUGUGGUCAAAUAAGUUUAUUUGAUGGUUGGAUAUUAUGGUUAAGUAGUUUGAUGAUGCAGCAAAUUACUAAAUUCUCAGUAAAAUUACUAGAUUAUAUUAACAAGAAAUACAUUAAAUGUUUACCUGUGUGUCGUUUAUCUUCAACUUAUAAUCCACUUAAUGGCUCGUCUACAGCUAUAUAUGUUUUUACUGAUGUUGAUGAGAUUUAAUUUGUAAUUGGAAUGUUUAAAAUUAUUUUUUCUUGUUGACUUAAGUCUGAUUAAAAAAUAUUUCUUCUUCAUAUCAUGGGACAAACUCGAAACGAUUAUUAAAUCAAUAAACCAUAUCACAGAUCCAAUACUAUUUUGUAGUGCUAUUCAUACUCAUACUUAAUUACCUUAUGAUCUUAAAAUGAUACGUGAGUUAACGUUCUUUUAAAAUUGUGAUAAAAAUGAACUUUCAUCCGAAUUAGAAUAUUUGAAUCUAUUCCAUGUAAUGUUAAAAUAUUAUCUGGCAUUGAGGGAAACAUGUGUCUUGAAUUUCGUGUAGUUUAAUCGUAUUAUCUUACAACUUUCGUCUGAAUAUAAACGGAUAGUUUUACAGUACCUGAGUACUCACUUGAUGAAAAUUGUCUAAUCAUCACUCCUGAUGUUUCUAGGACCAGCACACCGAACGAAACGUUGUUUUAAUUAUAAUCGACGAAACUUUCACAAAUAUAAUUC